AUGUAUUCGUCUCCGCUCGCCUUACAACCCCUUAGUUAUCCUUUUUUUGAGUCGUCCUUCGAAUUAAUCGGCAUGAUUGUUGUGAAGUUCCAUGGACUAGCUCAUAAGCUUUCGGUAGCGCGGGAAUUUCAAAUAGCUCAAAUGAUGACUGCAGUAGCCGCUCCUGGAUCUGGAGUGUUCUUCCUAACCAUCUCAUCGCCGCUAAGGAAUUUUGACAUUCAAGAAAAAGGAGAAGAUCUUUCUUUGAUUACUCAAGAAUGA